AUGGCGUCUUCAAGACCUCGGCGCCCGUCCACAUGGCCGGACCUGCCGUCCGAUCUCCUCGGCGGCGUACUUUGCGGCCUCCCUUCCCUCGCCGACCGCAUCCGCCUCCGCGCCGUGUGCCGCUCGUGGCGCUCCCCCAUGCUGCACCAGUCUCCGCCGCAGCUACCCUGGCUCGCCUUCCGCGACGGUACCCUCUUGGACGUCUCCAACAACACCGCCCACCAUGUGCGUCUUUCGGACGACGGCACGAGCUGCUACUGCGCCGGCGAGAAUAUGCUCUUCCUCCUGCAUGGCGACGGCCACUGCUCUCUGAUGAACACCUUCUCCAGCGAUGUGACCCCUCUCCCCGAGCUAGCCACUCGCCUGAAGGGUUGUGACGUCAAGAGCACCGAUAUCAUGAAGGUGGUGGUGUCCUCAGCGCCUCAAAUUGUAGCGGUUCUGUUCAGGUCCACCUAUGGAUCCGGUGUUCUGGCUUCUAUCUGCCGGCCAGACGGCAAGAUUCAGUCGUGCCAAGUACUGCGGACUGACCGGUACAUUGGCAAGAUCUGUGACAUUGUUAUCUUUCGUGGGAAGAUCCACGCCAUCACCGGGGACGACUGUAAGCUCCUUGGUCUUCAGCUCCACAACGACGAGAAAAGGCCACGCUUCAGCAGGCGGAUCCUCUGCGCUUCUGAUCUCCCUCCUAGGCCCUCCACAGAUAUCUACGAGGUUGAGCGAUAUCUAGUGGAAUCCAAUAGCAAGUUGCUCAUGGUGAGGCGAUGGAUCAGCGGCGUCUGGUACUCUGAGUUCGCAAACUGGGCUCGUGAGCUCUCCGUCGUCGAGGCCGACCUGAGCAGUGGCCAGUGGAACAAGGUCGACGGGCUGGAGGGGCAGGCACUCUUCGUGAGCAGGCAGUGCUCCAAGUCUGUCCCUGCUGCUUCCUCUGGAGCCCGACAAGACUGCAUUUACUUCCUCGACGAGUAUGGCCUUGGGGAUUCUGGUACAUACAGCAUGGGAGAACGGAAGAUCACGCCAUUGCUGCCGGAGAAGCCUGCAACUCCACUACUAUCGAACCGCCCCCCAGCGUGUCCAGCAUGGUUUUUUCCUGUUGAAGUUUAA